AUUUGCUCGCACAGUCGCAAUACUAUGGUCUGUAUGCUGUAUCGCAUAAACUAAAAACGAAACUUUGAAGAAGAAUCAAAAGAUUCAAUUGCCAAUUUUCGCAUCAACAUUUAUCUGAAAAAAAACUACUCUCAUUAUUCUCAUUUGAACUCUGAAACCCCUCAAAAACCCUUGUUCAUCUCUCUCAUUCAAUCUCCCCCAUUCUCUGAUUCUCUUUAAAGAAAUAGAAAUGGAUUUCCAGGUGGUAGUACUAGCAGGUGGCACUUCCAAGAAACUCAUCCCUCUUGUUUCCAAGGAAGUUCCAAAAGCAUUGCUCCCAGUUGGGAAUCGCCCAGUAGUGUCUUAUGUUCUAGACCUUUUGGAACAAAGCAAUCUUAAGGAUAUUAUUGUGGUGGUUGGAGGUGCAGAUGCUGCUGUUAAAGUUGGUGGAUGGAUAUCCAGUGCUUAUGUUGAUCGUCUUCGUGUUGAGGUUGUUGCGGCUCCAGAGGAUAAGGGAACUGCUGGAGCUCUGCGUGCAAUUUCACGCCAUUUGACUGCUAGCGAUAUUUUGGUAGUAAGUGGUGACCUUGUUUGUGAUGUUCCUCCGGGGGCUGUGGCAGCUGCUCAUAGACGACAUGAUGCAGUUGUGACUGCAAUGCUUUGUUCCACCCCUGUUAGUGGACCAACAGAAUCUGUAUCCUCUAGUGGAAAGGAUAAAGCGAAGAAACCAGCACGUUGUAAUAUUAUAGGGCUGGAUCUCACAAAACAAUUUUUACUGCACAUAGCUGCAGGCACUGAUGUUCACAAAGAUAUGCGGGUUCAGAAGAGCAUACUAUGUGCCGCUGGACAGAUGGAGAUCCGAACUGAUCUUAUGGAUGCCCAUUUAUACGCUUUCAAGAGAUCUGUUCUUCAAGAAGUUCUUGAAAGGGAUCUUGAUCAAGAGAAAUUUACAAGCCUAAAGCAGGACGUGCUUCCUUAUCUUGUCCAGACGCAGCUGAGAUCAGAUGUUCUGGCAAGUGGGACCCCACAACCAGAAGAAAAUGGGAACGGGAUGCUCCCAUCACAUAGGAACCAAGUAAUGCUCUCCCAACUCUUGUCUAAUGCUUCUACCCCGAGCUUCCAUGAGCUAUAUGCAUUGGGCCCGAAUGAAUCUCCUUGCACUCCAAAAAGAACCCACAAAUGCUGUGUUUAUAUUGCCAGCAAGGACAAGUACUGUGCUCGCUUGAAUUCCAUUCAAGCUUACAGUGACAUCAAUCGCGAUGUAAUUGGAGAUGCUAGCCAUCUAUCAGGGUAUUCAUUCUCUCCUCAGCACAACAUCAUUGAUCCUUAUGCUGAGAUUGGAUCAAAGACUACAGUGGGACCGCAUUGUAUUAUUGGUGAAGGGUCACAAAUGGGUGACAAAUGUAGCGUAAAGCGGUCUGUCAUUGGUCGUCAUUGUCGGAUAGGUUCAAAUGUAAAGAUUGCGAAUUCAGUAGUUAUGGACCAUAUUACCAUUGCUGAUGGAUGUUCGAUCCAAAGCUCUGUUAUAUGCAGUAACGUACAACUUCAAGAGCGCGCAGUUUUGAAAGACUGCCAAGUUGGAGCAGGUUUUGUGGUCACAGCAGGCAGUGAACACAAGGGGGAGUCUUUGGCCAAGAAAGAGAAAACUAUCACUAUAUGAGUUAUAUUUUGGUGACAUCUCCUAUAAUGUUAAGACCUUAGAUUGAAGAGUCAUGUGAGAGUGACCGUUUUGAUAUUGUUGUAGUACUAGGAAUUAGGAUACUAAAUACUUCCAGUUAGUAUCAGUUUUGCUCCAUAUAAUCCAACUAGUGUUAUAUUCUUGCUACCAUAUAGUACAAGUCUCUAGAUUUUGCUUGUAACGCAGAUCUGAAUCAUUUUUUUUCUAUAAAAUAAUUUUACCUUAGGUUU